AUGCGAGCGCGCUUUGAUCAACGAAAAGAGCUGAAGAAUGAGUAUGAGCUGUUGAUAAAAUUCGAUGAGCACACUUAUCAUCUGUUUGGUCUUUAUCAGCAGGCUAUCGUUGAAAUGAAUUAUCGAGAUCCAAAUGAAACUUCAUAUAUGUGGUCAUGGAUCAAGGGCAAUCGCAAGUGGCAUGCAUGGAAUAAAUGCAAAGGUUUAUCAAAAUACGAUGCAAUGUUUAUGUAUAUCGAUAGUGUUAAUAAGCUUGACAAAGAGCUGCAUGAUUUGGUGGAAGAGUGGAAGGACGAGUUCGAUCCACGAGUGCCGAACAAAGAUGCUUGGGUACCGGAAGAGGAAGCUGAAGAAUUCAACAGAUUCAUGGAACAAGCGAAACUUGAAAGAAGGGAACGGGAUGCACUGAAGCGACAGAAGGAGAUCGAAGAAGGAAUGUGGGACGACGAUGAUUGA